UCUUCAUUGAGUGACUUCUGAUGCAGAAUUAAGCCAUCUGCGCCCUCUUUCUCCAUUGAUUCCAGUCCGCCAUCAUGCCUGUUCAGCGCACCUGCUGUGGGCACCCUUUCGUCCUACGAAUGCCGCCCCGACGAUUCCAAUUACUCUUUGGCGUUAUAACGUUUAUAAUUUUCUCCCUAGUCCUAUUCGGACCGCCAUCCGCUGCGGAUAUACCUACUGUCGAGGAGCUCAAAGAAACCAUCAAGAACCCAAAGCUUCCGAAAGUCCCUUCCGUCCACAACCCCUUUGGCCAAGGGGCUCACAAGUCGCCCAUUCAACCAAACAGCACUAGUGGCGAUGCCACAUGGUUCUCUGAUUGGACAUGGAAGAACCCUUUCUCAUCAUCCAUUACUCUGGACGAAAACCGCGCGGUCCUGCCGCCCUUGACCAAUCGACCGCCGAUAUACACAUACUAUGAGUCGGGGAAGAAGCAGGACGAGGAAGUCUCCAAGGCAGAACACGCGCUGCUUCUGGCAUGGAGGCGGGCUUGGUGGGCACAGGGUUUUAAACCACAGGUUUUGUCGCGCGCCGAGGCUCAGAAGAACCCACUGUACGAGUCUUUGCAGCGCCUUCGACUGGAUUCUAAAUUGGAAAUGGAAGUCGUAAGAUGGCUGGCAUGGGGCCACAUGGGAACAGGAGUACUCGCAAAUUGGCUUGCCUUGCCGAUGGCCUCUCAUGAUAAUCCUAUGCUGGCCUACCUCCGUCGAGGGGAGUAUCCCAUUCUGAGUCGCGUGGACACUCUUCAGAACGGCAUUUUCUUUGGAGAAAAGGCCGCGAUCAACGGUGCGAUCAAGAAAGUCCUGGAGGAUUCUAUUUGGACAAAUGUAACCGCGAACAAGGAUAAGAUCGAAGGAUUAGCAAAGGACGGUGGUGUAAUGAUCAACCUUCUCGACAAGGAAACACUGGACGAGGACAGAAAAGCGGACGGCAUAGCCUUCUACGACACGAAUACGAUUGUUUCAAAAUACAAGUCCGUCGCUGAAAAGAUAACCAACACCACGAACCCCGAAGGGCUAAAGAGCCUCGCAACGCUCAUAAAUUCCCACCUCCACUUAACGUGGCAAGAGUCGUUUCCAUCCGGUGUCGCAAUUCUCAAACCCCUUCCCGAACACACCACUGCUCUUACCGAAGAAGCUGUCGACAUCGCUCGGAACCUCACUCAAUGUCCUGACUCCCCUAUCGUGGCAUCCUGUCCCCCGAACAGACCGAAAUGCAAAGCGUGUGUCUCCUCGAGCCGAAUGCGCAUGAAGCUCCUCCCCCACUUCCGCAACGACACUACCCUGUACACCAUCGGCUCCGUUCCGCACCCAUAUACCCUCACCAGCCUCCACUACACGCGCGACAAGAUCGAUAAAACCUUCAUCCGUCGCAAGGCGGAGCGAGACAUGUGGAUAUUCGCCGCCACCCAAGAAAUCCUCGGGUCUACAUCAUCGGGCCAAAGACGCGUCGUGCGCUUCAAGGAAGCAGUCGCAUCCCCUCGGACAGCAUCGCACUCUCUCUGGCUCACCGCCGAGCGCGAGUCGCAGGUCGAUUUGGACUGGAUAUUCGGCUUCAACCUCCCUCAGUCAUCGUGGAACGGCCAGUCGGAGCCCCCUGUGCCAGGUCCGGAAAGGCGGCCUCCCCCACCAGAAGAAAUCGAGGGCGUGAAGAAGCCGCAGGAGAAUGAGCUGCGGAUGGAGAAGAACAGGCUGCGGAAGGCGAGAGAGGCGAUCAAGAGCAAGGAUCGCAGGAUGCAAGAAGCGGUCGGCGUGGUAGAGGCAUGGAAUCUAGCAGAUACAGAGGCGUGGCGGUUCGCGAGAGCCUGGAGUGCGCGCAGGAGGGUGGAGCGGAGGAAGUGGGAAGAGGAAGAGCAGGGGUUCGCGGGGGCGGAGAAGAAAGCCGGUGUGGGUGGCGGGAGGUGGGAGGACUGAGCUUGGAAGCUCAGGCGCGUUGUGUAUUAUACGGGAUGCGUUUUUUGCGGGGGCGUUGGGGUUUGCGACUUAAAGAGCUGGGUUGGGGCGUUAGGGACGGUCUGCGCGUUCCUAUUCGGAGUGUGGUUGGCAUUAGAUAUACAUCUGAAGAACGCAGGAAAGAAUUGAGAUUCUUCUGUUUACUUGAGCGCCUUUGCCCCUGUCCCCGUCUUGACGUUGUUCCUCGUCAUAGUGAGAGUUUCGAGGUCGUCAACCAUUCCAGUUCACCCCUUUCGAGAAUGGAAUAACGACGCUAACGGCAACUUUUGAGCCUUCCUCCGAGUCUUUUUGAAAAGCUUUCAAAUGACCUCACACAAUGGCACCCAACUGUACGCAGACCGUCUCAAUACUGUAUUCAGUUACUGUGCCAGUAACAACCGCGCCAUGAAGCCGUCAAUCAGAACUCAUGUGGGAA